GACGUUUUCAGUUUGGAAUUUCCGUGCGUUUUGAUCGUCUGUCUCCGCGGCGGGUCUCCGAAUUUGGUGUGGAAAUUUUAGUUUCAGGUGAACCUUUUUGAUAGAGAAUCGUAAAACGGCGGAUAAUGGAAUUAUGAUGUGCCAUAAAUGAUACAACGGGUGGCAUGUUUGCAUGUCGGAAGCAAAUCAAGAGUGAAUUAGUGAGUGAUUUUACUACCAUCGUAUAGACAACAAAAGAAGAAGAAGAGUAAACCAACGAAGAAAACCACAUUGUGUUAGAAUACACUUUUCGCGGUGCCAAUUUAUAAUUCAUUAAGCUUCCCAUCAGAAAUUUUCCUCCAAGAAGAGCCAAAAAAGAGUAGUUAAAUAAGAAGAGGAAGCAGCAUUCCAACAAACCAUGGAACGCGUCUGGCGCAAGGUGAAUCAGGGUCUCACGAUGAGAUCUUCGUCGACAAAGGUCCCGGGAGGAUCCGCCACAACCGGGUGUCUUCCGUUGCCGGCGUCGUCUACGGGGCACAGCCAAAGUUUGCAACACCAUCACCACCAGCACCAGCACCAUAUUCACCACUCGACGGAUACGACCAGUUCGGCAGGGUUCGGAGAGGCCCAGCAGGUUGUGGCCGUGCAACAGCAGCAGCAGCAACAACAGCAACGUCGCCGGGUCAUCAUUCCGGGGGCACAUACGACCUCGUCGGAGAAGCGACGCCGGCGAAGACGCCGCAGCCGGCCCAAUCGAGGGGAUGGUAACUCACAAGGUGUCGGCGGUGGUCACUCAUCCGCAGAUCAUCACAAGAAUCACAUCUCGUCUUCCCGUGGUCGUGGCGCCGGUGGCACCACCAGCUCCAAUAACAACAACAACACCCAGCUCGGUCUAAUGUCCCAGGUUGGCACCGAACAGUCCCUGCGGCAAAGGGCCGUCGCCCGGCUCAAGAUGUUCAACUUCAAUCUCAACUGGGAUCUGCACAUGAACCAGUGCAAACCGUGCGGACCAAAAAGUGGCAACAUAAUCACGAGGCGCCUCUGCCGGAACCGCCGGGGCGAGGACAACGAACUUUACCGCUCCAACAGCUUCAAAUUUGAGCGGUUCGAGCGGAAGGAAGCGGGCGGGCCGGAAACCGGAACGAGGACACUGCGAAAACAGAUUUCCGUCUGUGAUGACUACAGCCUGCCGAUAGACUUUGUCAAGAAGCGACCGUCCAGUUUCGAUCCCUGCCUCGCCGAGCGUCUGCCCGACAAUUGGGCCUCGCCAAGUCCACAAUCCGAGCACGUUUCAUUUCUCGAACCGCUGAACCUUCAGCAACCCUUAUCGGCAGCCGUCCCAAACAACUGCAGCAGCUUGGGACCGUCAGUGGUCGGCAUCGGAACCGGAACUCUACCCCAUCAACCGCAACCGUCCCUUCAGCAGCAGCAGCAGCAGCAACCUCAACAGCAGUUUGUACUUGCUCCUCCUACGUCGGUGGUCAAUCCGCUUGAGCUCGAGGAAGAACUCAUUGAUGGUGUUCGGGAGACUGCGACGCUAGGACCAGCAACCGUUGCGAUCAAAACCGUUGAGGAGGUUUUCGAUACGAGACGGAGUUACAAGAGGAGCACCGGGAGAUCGCAGCCACGACCUCAUCGGAGACGCAGCAGCAACUCGGAGGUCAAGUACAUCAAUCAAAACUUUAGUUCAGGAUCUUCCGCGCCCAUUUCUUCCGAAGAAGAGGACAACAACGACGACGAUGAGGAGUUGAACAAGAUUCCGGAACUCAACUCACCCGAUAGCAUCUCGGAAGACCUAAUCAACCCUCUACCGCAACGUCACAGUCCAAUCAAGACUACCGGACCCGACACAGCGAAACGGAAUCCGUCUCCUUACUAUUAUUCGGACUUGUUGAAAAAUAAGGGUGGACAGCAGGAACCUGAAGCGCAACAACAGACUGAAAAUAAGACAACAGGAAGUCGAGCUUCAUCGAGUGGAGCACGUCAACGAGAACCGGGAACUCGUUACAGGAAGAGCAGCAGCCUCGACACCCCAGCCGCGGAGAAAGAAGUCUGUCUUCCGAAGCGGUAUUCCAUCACCGAAGAGGGAGUUCGCAUAAUCCGGUGUGACUCACCCUCAACCACCACCUCCGACGACUCGGACUGCUCUGAAUGUCGAAAAAGAAGAGACUGGCAUGCGCAAGCGUUGGCAAUAGUACGGUCGGCGAACUGUAACCUUCCACCGUCGGGCGAUCCCUCAAUGCCACCGCAUCGAAUGCUCGGUCCAGCAGCAGCAACAGUCUGUGCCUGUGCCACUCCCGCGUUCGGCGAGGACAACGAUGAGCUCUUCCGACCGCGAAGUAUCUUCUACGUGCAUCAACCGGGCGCCCAAGACUGCGCCGACUGUUCGGUACUGAGCGAUCACUCGGCUGCAGCGGCGGCGGUGCACGAAGACAUGACGGGCGUCAGGACGCGCCAAAUCUACGAGACGGCCUUCGAUUCGAAGAUUACCCGUUCGGACGACGACCUGGAUGAAGUCGAUCGGGUAACGAAUCAAUCGGUGCUGAUUCAGCUCAGCAGAAGCAACAACAGCAGCACCAGCAACAUGGUCUCCAGCCAAAACAAGGAGAAUCGCGACCGAAGCAAGCGGGCGGACACCAAGCGACCAAAGAGCCUGCUGAAAACGCCCUCCUCAACCCAGAUCCAAACCACGGUCGACAUCGAGAACACCUCGGAAGCGAACCUCUCCCAGGAUCUGGAGAAGCUCCAGCUAGACUCACAACUAGACAAUAUUACCAACGCCAACUCCACGUCUUCCUCGCAACUUCCACUUCGUGGUUACACGCCUUCCCCGCCCUCUACCGCACCCCUUCCGAUGAAGUUCCCCGUCAAGCACGAGCGGUUCUUCAUCAACAGCAUCAAGAGUGCCCCCAACCUUCCCUCCUCGAACGCGGCCCAACAUCCGCGCUUGCGGGAUCUCCGCCUAGACAUCCAGGCGAUACGAAACAGCGAAGUUCCUCCUUCCGGCAGUUGUGACGGCAGCAUCAACGAUUCUUCCUACAAUAGUCCUAAGAGCACCGAGCGGCCACGUUCCACCAUGUGUCUCGAGCCGGAGCGGGUCCUCGAGCUCAAACGCAGCCAUCGAUCCCACAAGCAGCGGGGACGAAACUUCUCCUCAACGGAGAGCAUGGCCACCUCGGACAGCGGCGGCAGCAUGGAGUCCCUCAAGUCCAGCACCAGCGAGGGCAACCGCAGCACGUCCAGCUCCGACUCGCGUCAGUCCUCCUCCCUCAGCUCGCACAGUUCCGAUUCCGGACCAACAAUUGCCUUUCCGCUUCGCGCCCCCGUGGUCGUCCACAACAAGCUGAACAUCCUGAGCCCCAUCUCGGACAAAUCGUCCCAGGAGCCCGGCUCGGAAACCUCGGACAUCAACAGGAACAACUCGCAGAAACAAUCGCAGGAGGAGAUCAACGCGAGUGGAACCCUGAAGAAGGAGAACGACGAGAACGAGACUGCUGCGGUGAAGACGUCAACGGUGCCUAAGAGACGAUCCGCCCCGAACAAGGCGCUGCUGCUGAUAACAGGUCCCGAGAUCCAGGGCUCCGACAGUGGCAUCUCCCUUCAUUCGCGCGAGGACGUCAAGUCGCGAACCAACUUCCUGAACCUGGGCAUCCAGCGCGCCUCCCUAGGUCUGGAAAAGUCCGACAGCGGCAAGCCGACCCUCCCUCAGGAAUUCAGCGAUCUUCCAUUCGACAUGCCAAAGCUGCGCCGUCGGCGGGCCCACAUGCAACAGGAACCCUGCACCUCCGGCAGCGUCACCUCGGUGGACGUCGGCGACCUGCCGUUCGACAUGCCAAAGCUGCGGCGGCGGCUCCGGAUGCCCCAGAACCAGCAGAUCCAGCAGCUCGCCGUUCCGUCCACUUCGGGAAUCUUGCUGCAAACGAGCACCGAAUCCAGCGGGCUGUCCCAAGCGUCGUCCAGCCUGUCGAUGCGGGACUCGGACAACAGAGCGGCGGCACUGGCUGGGGGAUUUUUCAAGCAGAGUCUAACGCUGAAUCUGAACGAGUGCAGCGCAAAGCCGGUGAAGAAGUUUGGCACGCUCGAUCUUGGCCUCAACUUUAAUACGGCCCGUUCGAACGUGGAUCUGAUCGAUGCUUCCAUUUCGCUGGAUCGACAAGGCUGGUACCAUGGAUCGAUCAGCCGAAUAGACGCGGAAAAGAUUUUGCGGCCACUGGGCGAAGGAAGCUUUCUGGUGCGGAAUAGUGAAUCAACCCGGCAGGACUAUUCGCUCACUUUGAAGAGCGCCAAGGGCUUCAUGCACAUGCGGAUACAGCGCGACCCGGACUCGAGCCAGUACAUCCUCGGUCAGUUUAGCCGGCCCUUCCCCACGAUCCCGGACAUGAUACGACACUUUUGCCUCAACCGGCUGCCGGUGCGGGGCGCCGAGCACAUGUGCCUGCUGGAACCGGUCAUUGCGCAGAUCCUCUAGGGCGCGGCCCCUUAAAGCUAGCUUUUAUUUCAUAGAGUGACGAUAAAAUCUCUUUCUCUAACAAUCCCAAUUUUGGGUGACGUCAAAGUUGUAUAGAAACAAAGCUAAAUUAAAACUGUUGGAAAAUACGAGCGCGCGUAAAAAAUGGCGCCAACUGUAGAUUUUAGUCAGGUUAGUGAAAGGAAGGAACCCCACUUUAACCAGCAGAAACUUUAAUACACUCACACACACACUCACUACUGUUUAGAAAGACACUUUCACAGAAGUCAACAAUAACUUGUAAACAGUGAAAAGGUCGUUUGAAGAAAGUAUAUCGAGAAAGGUUUGCCAAAGUUGGCUGAAACUAGUUUGUGUUCCUUUUUGGGUUAGGUACUACUAAGUUUAACUUGUGACAAUAAAUCUUGCGUUUGUUUUCGAUUGCCAUUUGCCACAUUUGUACAGAGAUGAGUAAAAUAAUCCAUCAGAGCUAGCUAACGAUGUGUUUUAAGUGAUUGAAUGUCAGUUUGUGCUGUACUCUCAAAUAUUAUAUUGUGAUAAAGUUACUUUGUUGAAGAUUAAUAUAAUUGCCGACAGCAAAGCAGAACGAUUCUUCUGAGUUUCCAAGCCGUUAUGGUUUCACUUAAGAUUGCGAGUGUGAAAAAAACGAACACAUUAGAGAUGGAAUAAGUACGAACAGAAAUGCCAAAAUUAAACUGUGAAAAGGGAAUAUUUGCAAUUUUAUAACCAACAAAAGAAAAACCAAGUGAAAGUGAAGUGCAAUAUAACAAAAAACCCAAAAUU